AUGCCUAUCAGCAAGAAGGACAGAAGAACCAAGGAGCACAAGGCAGCUGAGAAAGCUGGCACUCGUGCACCUGUCAAGGCAAAUGGCCUUCCUGUAAAGGCGCCUAAGCCCACUUCAAUCUGCCAAAACUGUCGUAAGGAGAUCAUCAACACCAACAAGAUCCAGCUUGAGGUCCAUGCUGGUACUCACGACUCCAAGCUCUGGCCCAAAGAGAAGUGCUGGCCCAAUGACUUCUAG